AUGACCACCUGGGAAGUCAAGGGCAAGGUCGCGCUCGUCACUGGAGCCGGGUCAGGCCUCAGCCAUGCCCUGAGCAAGAGGCUUCUCGAGUCGGGCUGCUCUAUCAUCAUGGCAGAUCUGAAGCUGCGUCCCGAAGCUCAGGAGACGCUCGACAGCUACCCGCACCCCCCGGCUGAAGCUGGCGGCGCAUCUGCCAUCUUCCACCAGACUGAUCUCUGCGAUUGGUCCCAAAUCAACUCGCUGUGGGAGACUGCUCUGAAAACAUUCGGCCAUGUCAACCUGCUGGUGAAUGGGGCUGGAUUAUAUGAGCCUCCCUUUAGCGACUUCUGGAACCCGCCUGGCAUCUCGCCUCUCGCCCAAGAUCCUGCUGACGCUCAAGUCGGCAUCUACAAGACCUAUGCCGUCAACACCAUAGCACCCGUGAGGCUGGCACAGAUCGCUGUUGAGUACUGGCUACGGCCCGAGAACCGGCACCUCCAGGGCAACAUUCUUUGGCUUGCCAGCAUGGCUGGCUACAUCCACGGGCUUCUGACCCCUUUCUACUACUCAAGCAAAGCUGCUGUCGUCAGCAUCUGCAAAUCCUUGGGUUCACUGAACAGGGUAGCGGGCAUCCGAAAUACGGCUAUUUGCCCUGGUGUUGUUGAUACUCCUAUUUUUCACGCUCCCUACAGUCGCGAGAGAGUGCAGGCGGACGACCUUAUGCUCACGGUAGAUGAGCUGAUUGAUGUAGCCAUGGAGGGUAUCCAGAGUCCGAAGUAUGGCAAUGGCAAUAUCGUUGAGGUCUUUUGCGGAGGCACCCAGGAAGCCCAUGAGGUCUGUGUUCGGGAUGUGCCGAUGGAGGCCGUGUACAACAUGGAAGGUCUUGUUGGCCUGGCUGCGGGCACGCACAUUAUUACCAAGCAAGAACAGUUUGAGAAGCAGUUGGCGGAGAAGGGACUGGAGUUUAAGAACUAG